GCCGGGUCUCGGGAAUAGGUGGUCCCUUCCCGCGCGUGUCGGAAGUUGAGAAGCGCUUGGUGGAGUUCUAGAGUUCGGACCUCAUGGCGGAGAUCAUCCAGGAACGCAUAGAGGACCGGCUCCCGGAGUUGGAGCAGCUGGAGCGCAUCGGACUGUUCAGUCAUGCGGAGAUAAAGGCUAUCAUUAAGAAGGCUUCAGAUCUAGAAUACAAAAUACAGCGAAGAGCUCUUUGUAAGGAAGACUUUAUCAAUUAUGUUCAAUAUGAAAUUAAUUUUCUGGAGCUGAUCCAGAGAAGAAGAGCUCGCAUCGGGUAUUCAUUUAAGAAGGAUGAGAUUGAGAAUUCUAUUGUACACCGGGUACAAGGCAUAUUCCGACGAGCUUCAGCAAAGUGGAAAGAUGAUGUUCAACUUUGGCUAUCCUAUGUAGUCUUCUGUAAGAAAUGGGCUACCAAAGCUCAACUUAGCAAGGUAUUCUCUGCCAUGUUGGCCAUUCAUUCAAACAAGCCAGCUUUGUGGAUUAUGGCGGCCAAAUGGGAAAUGGAAGAUCGCUUGUCUUCAGAAAGUGCAAGACAACUCUUUCUUCGAGCUCUGCGCUUUCAUCCCCAGUCCGCAAAACUUUAUCAAGAAUACUUCAGGAUGGAGCUGAUGCAUGCUGAGAAAUUGGGGAAGGAAAAGGAAGAAUUUGAAAAAGCCAAAAUGGAUGUGGGAAAUCUUGAUUAUCCUGAAGAAAUCCUUACGGGUGAGUUGGCACGGAUCAUCUACAAAAAUUCCAUAAACAUAAUUAAAGGUGCAGAAUUUCAUGUGUCACUGCUUUCAAUUGCACAGCUAUUCGAUUUUGCUAAAAAUCUGCAAAAAGAAAUUUAUGACGACCUUCAGGCUCUGCACACAGACGACCCUCUCACUUGGGAUUAUGUGGCACGGCGAGAAUUAGAGAUCCAGCCACAGCCAGGAGAAGAGCAGCCUGCGACAAAGCAAGCCCGAGCACUGGAGAUGGGCCGGAGGGAGGAGCGCUGCUGCGCUGUGUACGAAGAGGCAGUCCAGACUCUCCCUACAGAGGCCAUGUGGAAGUGUUACAUCAGCUUUUGCUUGGAAAGAUUUGCUAAGAAGACAAGUAAUCAGUCCCUCAGAGGGCAGAGGCUGGAAAGGACCAUGACUGCAUUCAAGAAGGCACAUGAACUCAGACUUCUACCAGAAUUCCUGUACAAGCAGUGGAUUGAGUUGUUGCGGCAGCAUGACUUACUUAAGGAAGCUCUGCAGGUGGCAGUGGCCGGGAUUGAAUUGUUUAAAGACUCUGUGAUGAUGUGGCAGAUGAAGCUGCAGGUGCUGAUUGAUUCCAAGAGCCCUGACAUAGCCAGUGUUUUUAAAGAAGCCUUUGCGUCCCUGAAACCCCAGGUUUGUCUGCCAUUGUGGAUUUCUUGGGCAGAGUGGAGUGAAGGUGCCAAAAGCCAAGAAGACACUGAAGCCAUCUAUAAGAAAGCUAUUUUAGCUGUCACGGGUGCUGACUCAGUCACUUUGAAGGAAAAGUACCUGGAUUGGGCUUAUCGAAGCGGUGGCUACAAAAAGGCCAGAGCUGUGUUUAAAAGUUUACAGGAAAGCCGUCCAUUUUCAGUUGCUUUUUUCAGGAAAGUAAUCCAAUUUGAAAAAGAGCAAGAAUCCUGCAAAAUGGCGAACUUGAGAGAAUAUUAUGAGAGGGCUUUGAGAGAGUUUGGAUCUGUAGAUUCUGAUCUUUGGAUGGAUUACAUCAAAGAAGAAUUGAACCACCCCCUUGGUAGACCUGAGAACUGCGGACAGAUCUAUUGGCGAGCCAUGAAAAUGUUGCAGGGAGAGUCAGCAGAGGCGUUUGUAGCUAAACAUGCUAUGCAUCAAGCUGGCCAUUUGUGAAAAGAGGAAGACCACAGCCAACCUUGUAAAAUAGUAUCGUGAGCCCUCUGGCAGGUUUUGUUAUGAAUUCGUCUGCAAUUUACAGACAAGAUUUUGAGAUAUGUUAUAAUUUUGUGUUAAUCUUUAAUUCCAGGAAAGAGAACUGCUGUUUCGUGGCCAGAGGCUACUUGUUGAGGCUGGAUCUACUGUAGGUUCUAAAUGUUUUCCAAAAUAUGUGGAAAUCACACAACUGAUUAGAGUAUCUCUAAUCUCAACCUAGGGGCGGGUUGAAAUUUGGGGAAAGUACAGUUCUGUUUGUUUAUUCUCUCCUUAUUAUAAAAGUAUACAUGGUAUGCAUCCUUGUAGAAAAUAUGGUGAGAAUAGAAUAAUGGAAAUAAAAUAAAAUAAAAGUAUCCUGUCAUAUCAUCUGGAGUUAAACUUAGUAAUUUGAUUUCCUUGAUCAGAAUUGGAUUUAUUCUCUUAGAUCACUCAUUCAGUCAUUCAUAAGCAGGAAAGAAGGGAAGCUCUUUGGGAUGGAGGUAGGGGUUGGAGGAACAGAGCUGGAUGUCCUGAGAGCUGGCUGAAGUAGCAGAGAAGGAUGCUGGGUAUUGGGGAAAAGUCCUUUAAGAAGAUUAAGACAUUAUAAAAGUGUCUUCUAUCACUGGGACUGACCUGCAGAGAAAUGUUUACUGUGGGGAAUGCCUGGCAACCAAAGGGCAGGGAUAGGGAGUAGAUUAGAGCUGCAGAGAAGGGCUUCAGAGGCGAUGAUGGAGGAUGGCUUGGAGCAGAGAAGGGCAUUCUGGGAGCAGGGGAGGCAGUUGGUAUUUUAUAUUUUUAACAUUAAAAUGUUACUGGGAGAAGCAUUCAGUACAGUUUACUUAUGUUUCACUUAAUGGUUUUUAAUAUAGCCUUAAAAACAUUUAAUUUAUAGCAUUCCUUUGAAUAGAUGAGCCAUGACUUGCUUUAUUAAUCUCAUUUGUAAUUUUUUUAUUAUAAAUGCUGUUGAUGAAGAUUCUUAUAAAUCUUUUUAUAUCCCUGGUUAUUUGUUUAGUAGGUUGACAUCUGACAGAAUUAUUAAAGGAUAUAACUUUUUAAGGAAUAUUAAUGUCAAUUUGCAAUGUAUGAAAAUACUUUCAAACAUUGUAUGAAAAUAUCAGUACUUUUGGGUGCAGUGGAUAUUUUAUAUUUUUAUCAUUUUAAUAGGUGAAAAAUGACAUGUGCAUUUCUUUGACAUUAAUGAAAUUAAUGUGUUUUUCCUGGUUCUCAUCUUCUCAUGUUCUUGGACAGUUUUUUGAACUUUUUUCUUACAAAUUUGUAAGAGUUUUUUUAUAUAUUAAGAACAUUAACCUUUAGUUUGUCUCUCCUUUAUUGCAAAUAAUUUGCCCCAGCUGUUUUUUUUAGUGUGUGUGUGUGUGUGUGUGUGUGUGUGUGUGUAUGUGUGUGUGGUGUGUUUUUUUUGACAUCCAGAGGUGUGUUUUAAAGUGUGUGAUUUCUGUUGUUAACUUUUUUGUUUUGUUAAUCCUCAUGAGAGGAUAUUUUUCCAUUGAUUUUUAGAGAGAGUGGAAGGGAGAGGGAGAGACAGAGAGAAAAUUGAUGUGAGAGAAACACAAUGAUUGGUUGCCUCCUGCACAAGCCCAGACCAGGGCUGGGGAUCGAGCCUGCAACCGAGGUAUGUGCCCUUGACUGGAGUAGAAUCCAGGACCUUUCAGUCUGUGGGCCGGCGCUCUGUUCACUGAGCCAAACUGGCUAGGGUGAUAACCCUUUUUAUUUGUGGCCAUUUUUCUCUCUGUUGAUGUGUGGUAAUACCUUUAUUAUGUAUUAAAUUCCUAUGAAUAAUA